UAUUUUAUUUAUUAGUGUGACCAUAAUUAUUAUUAUUUUCACGUGUGGCAUACAAACGAGCCGAAAACCAAGCGCUUGCUUAAAUAAACAAAUUGAAAGCCGAGCAAAGAGCGGCCGGUGACCACCGGAAACAGAAGGAGUUUCUAAUAUUCCAAAAUAUCCAGCGGACUUACCCGCAAAAUCGGCGGCGUUUUCAUAGCCGGAACAACAAGAAGAAGAAGCACGUGUGCGGCGUGCCGAAAAAAGGGAAAAUAAACAAGUAGGCGUGAGGGGAAGCCAAGGAGGAUAACCCUUAUACGGAGGACAUGGUGCCCAUCGGAGCCGUACAUGGCGGCCAUCCCGGAGUAGUGCAUCCGCCACAGCAACCGCUUCCCACGGCACCUAGUGGCCCGAAUUCGCUGCAGCCGAAUUCGGUAUGCCAGCCGGGGGCCACCACCUCUUCGAACAGCAGCGCCUCCAACAAAAGCUCGCUAUCCGUGAAGCCCAACUACACGCUGAAGUUCACCCUGGCCGGACACACCAAGGCAGUAUCAGCCGUCAAGUUUAGUCCGAAUGGCGAAUGGCUAGCUAGCUCAUCCGCCGAUAAACUCAUCAAAAUCUGGGGAGCCUAUGAUGGCAAGUUCGAGAAGACCAUUUCUGGCCACAAGUUGGGCAUCAGUGAUGUGGCCUGGAGCUCUGACUCGCGACUCCUCGUCAGCGGCAGUGAUGACAAGACCCUCAAGGUCUGGGAGCUCAGCACCGGAAAGAGUCUGAAGACAUUGAAGGGGCACAGCAACUAUGUGUUCUGCUGCAACUUUAAUCCGCAGUCAAAUCUGAUUGUAUCCGGCAGCUUCGAUGAGAGCGUUCGCAUUUGGGAUGUGCGCACUGGCAAGUGCCUGAAAACUCUGCCCGCUCAUUCGGAUCCCGUUUCUGCAGUUCAUUUCAAUAGGGAUGGCUCACUUAUUGUGAGCAGCAGCUACGAUGGACUCUGCCGUAUCUGGGACACGGCCAGCGGACAGUGUUUGAAGACCCUGAUUGACGACGACAACCCGCCUGUCAGCUUUGUCAAAUUUUCGCCAAACGGCAAAUACAUCCUGGCCGCCACAUUGGACAACACGCUCAAGUUGUGGGACUACUCAAAGGGCAAGUGCCUCAAGACGUAUACGGGCCACAAGAACGAGAAGUACUGCAUAUUUGCCAACUUCUCGGUGACAGGAGGAAAGUGGAUCGUAAGCGGCAGCGAGGACAACAUGGUCUAUAUUUGGAAUCUACAGAGCAAGGAGGUGGUGCAGAAACUGCAGGGACACACUGACACCGUGCUGUGCACUGCCUGCCAUCCCACGGAGAACAUCAUCGCUUCUGCCGCGCUCGAGAACGACAAGACCAUUAAACUGUGGAAGUCGGACACAUAGAGUGGCUGGUAUCCAGCUGGAGGAUCAGCUUUGGCUUCUGCCUGCACACAUACAUUUCUUUGAUAAUGUAAUGUGAAAGGAAAAGUCUAAUUUUAAUUUUAAUACCCCUUUUUUUUGUAUGCAUAAUUUAAAGGAGGAACCCCUAAAUUCUAUUUUAAAUCACAAUUUAAAAUUCACAUUCUAAGGCAGAAGAGGAAAAACCCAACAAAAAAAUCGGAAAAAGAAGAAAAAACAAAUUAAUGUAUAAAUAUUUAUUAGCCUAUUUUCUUGGCCACCAAACGCGAGAAUAUUCCCCCAAAAAUGAUUGUAACCCUUUGACACAGCCACACACACCCACAAAAACUUAUGAUGAUCUUUCGGUGACGAGAAAACUAAAUUUAAGAAAAUCACACGCAUAGGAACUUGGGAAACUCCCGAGUGCCAGAAAGAAUAUAUAUAAAAUACGAAAUGUAAAUUUUGAAUAAAAGGAAACACGUCCUCGGUGGCGCCCAAGGGCCCCUGCCUCUUGGGCGUUAUCGAGGCGAGUCACUUAUUUGUAAUAUCUGAA